AUGAAGAGUACUGCCAGGCCUUGGAGUGCAGUGGCAAAGCAAGGGAGUCAUGGGAUUGACCGAGGAAAACCACUUUCCACCACCUCAACAGGAAUGAAGACAUCCAAGUCCUCGACUUCACUUGCCUUUGAGUCUCGUCUCAGCAAGCUGAAGAGGGCAAGCAGUGAUGACAUGCUCACCAAACCAGGGGUGGCGGCAGCUUCUGGAGUCUCUAGACUGAAGAAGACCAUUACAACAGGAGCAAUUUCUGAGCUUGCUGAGAAUCGACUGAAGCCCAGCACAGGAACAGUUUCAGCUGCAAAGCGCACAGGGAUUCCAGCACCCCGGGAAAUAUCAUCAUCUGUAUCCAGAGAGAGAGCUGUACUGCGUGGUCAAACCAAUACUAGGAAAACACAACCCAGCCCCACCUCUUCUGGUACACCGACUCCUACCAAACACGUGCGCCCCGCUAGCAAGUCCAAGCAAGAGAAUGAAACUGGUGACAAGGCUGUUCUGGAAUCUCAGGUUAAAGAACUCCUGGCAGAAGCAAAAACGAAAGAUUCUGAAAUAACCAAACUCCGUUGUGAAUUGAAGAAAUGCAAAGAGAAAGGGUCACUUAAUGCUCAAGGAAUGGGUGCUUCCAACCAAAAUUCAGAACCAGUAUCACCUGUUGACAUAGAUCCAUUAAUACGGACCCUUCAGGAAAAAAACAGGACUUUUCAAAAAGAGCUUGCUAGCCUGGGAGAAGAAAAUCGUGUUUUGAAAGAGAAAUUGCUUUAUCUAGAGAACUCUCCUCUCUCAGACACAACAACAAGCAGUGGAGGUGACAGCAGCCUCCCAACCCCAACUACCCAAGAAUCCAGUUUUGGAAGCCCAUCAAAAAACACGUCGAGAACUGAAAUGGAUGAGCACAGGCAGCAUGUGAACGGGGGCACACUGCGCAAUUCAGGUUCUUCCAGCAGUGAUGUAACUAAAGCUUCCUUGUCACCUGAUGCAUCUGAUUUUGAGCAUAUAGCAGAUGUACCUUCCAGGCCAACAUCCUCCAACAGCAACCACUUCAAAGGUUCCAAAUGCUCCACUACAGGAAGUUCUCCAAACAAUAUUAGUGACCUAUCUGUUGCAUCUCUUACAGAGAGAAUACAAAAAAUGGAGGAGAAUCACCACAGCACAGCAGAAGAAUUACAAGCCACUUUGCAGGAGCUGUCGGAUCAACAGCAAAUGGUGCAGGAGCUGACAACAGAAAACGAGAAGCUAGUGGAAGAGAAAGCUCUCCUUGAGACUUCCUUUCGUCAACAUAGAGAUAGAGCAGAACAGCUGAGCCAAGAAAAUGAGAAGCUAAUGACUCUCCUCCAAGAGCGAUCCAAGAAUGAAGAAAGCAGAGCUCAGGAGGGGAAGCUCCUUGAACUGGAACAGAAAUGUGCAGAAGUUCUUGAAAAAGCACAAUUUGAAAGAGAGAAAUUGCUCAACAUUCAGCAACAGUUAACCAGCAGCCUACGAAGCUUAGAAAGGGAGCAUCAAGAUGCCCAGCAGGUGAUUAAAAGCCUGAGAGAAGAAAAUGAGAAACUGCUUAAGCUUCUAGAAGUGGAACAGCAGAGCAACAGCACAGUGACAAAAACUCUGGAGGACUGUAAAAUUGCCUUAGAAGGUCUAAAAAUUGAGAAUGGCUCUCUCAAAACUCAGUUAGAGAGUGAGAAACAAAAGGCCGCAGAAAUCAAUGCGAUGGGAUGCACUACUGACAACUCUGAGGUGCAAGAGAUGCUGAAAGUAGCCCAUGCAGAGAAGGAUCAGUUAGAAGCAUCUUGCACUGAGCUCAAACAAGAGCUGCUGAAGGCAAACAGUGAACUGAAGCACAUUCAGGGUCUGCUAUCUAAGGCUGAGAAUGAGUGUGGUCAGCUGAAGGAGAUGUGUGACCGGCAGGCUGAGCAGCUUAGCAGAACCAGCCAGAAGCUGCAGGAAAAAACAUCAGAGAACGAAGCAGAUAUAAAGAACCUGAAAGAGACUAUUUUCGAGUUGGAGGACCAGGUGGAACAACAUCGUGCUAUAAAACUUCACAAUAACCAGCUCAUCAGUGACUUAGAAAGUAAAGCAAUGAAGCUGGAAGAACAAAAACAAGAUACAGAGAGGCAGCUGAAGGCUCUGACUAAGCAAAUGAAGGAAGAUACAGAAGAGUGGAGGCGUUUUCAAGCUGAUCUGCAGACUGCGGUGGUUGUAGCCAAUGAUAUUAAGUGUGAAGCCCAGCAGGAGCUCCGUGUGGUAAAAAGGAAGCUUCAGGAGGAGGAGGAGAAGAGUGCCAGACUGCAGAAGGAGCUGGAUGAAGUGAAGGGCAGCAACAGGUUAGUUACAUACAAAGGCCAAGAUUUGAUUUCUGUGACUGCUAACGUGCAUGCAAACAGUGCUUUGUCAAUAACUAUUCAUUGGCUUGGAUGUGGAGUAACAGUCCAGCUUUAUGUUGCACAUAUCUGCUCACCGUUUUCUAUUCAGGAGUUUCCAGAGCAGCUAGCUGUACGGCUGACAGCUGAAGAGGUAGAAUCCCUAGAGGCAGAUACAACCAACCGCUGGCAAGGAGUCUGCAUUAGUAGAGCGUCUCCCACACCGUCAGAAUCUGCAGCCACUGUGAAGUCACUGAUAAAAUCAUUUGACUUAGGAUGCUCAGGUAGCACUGGACAAAAUAUCACGGUUCACAAGGUCCCCAGGAGCCCUCUAAGUGGAAUUCCAGUGAGGACAGCCCCAGCAGCUGCUGUUUCCCCCAUGCAGAGACAUUCUGUUUAUAAUAAUGCCAAGCCAGCCAGCAAAGGCAUUGCCAGACACACAGAUCUCUCAGACCUUCCUCUUGCAGAUCUUCUGAAGGGGAGAAAUGAAGAGCUGAAACCAGACCAUUACCUCCGUAAAAGCCCCUCCCUGGAAUCCCUGAGCAAACCCCCUAUGGCCUUCAGCAGCAGAAUGCUUGCCUCUACCCCCAGCAGCUUGAAACCCCAAAGCAAGCUCAGUGUGGAGAGAAAGGACCCACUGGCAGCCCUGGCUCGGGAGUAUGGUGGUUCGAAGAGGAAUGCUCUGUUGAAAUGGUGCCAAAAGAAGACCGAAGGUUACCAGAAUAUUGAUAUUACCAACUUCAGCAGCAGCUGGAGUGAUGGGCUUGCCUUCUGCGCUCUGCUGCACACGUAUUUGCCUGCACAUAUUCCUUACCAGGAGCUCAACAGCCAGGAUAAAAAGAGAAAUCUGCUAUUAGCAUUUCAAGCUGCUGAAAGUGUAGGCAUCAAACCCAGCCUGGAACUCAGUGAGAUGAUGUACACAGACCGGCCAGACUGGCAGAGUGUGAUGCAGUACGUCGCCCAGAUUUACAAGUACUUUGAGACCUGAGAUGCAGAGCAAGAGGUGGACAGAAGUGGGGAAGAGAACAAAGAAUGCUACAGAUGCACUCGAUCACUUUAAAAAUCCACUUGCUCCUCUUCCACAACCAACCUAAGCUCUUAGUUUGAAAGAAAGCUCUUCCAUAAUUUUGAUUACAUCUGGGACUCCAACCAAAUAAAUAUCCAUUGUCCAUCUAUACAAACCAAAUUCAUCUGGAAUUUUAUUCCCAGGUGGAAAUUGCAAAGCGUUUUUGAACACACGUGGGAUAUUUCU